GGCCCGGGCGCCCGAGGGCUGGGGGGCGGGGGGUGGGGGAGGCCGCCCAGCGCCGAAGCGGGGGCCCCGGCCGAGGGCGCGGCGGGGCUGCGCGCACGCUGGGGCGCGUGGAGGGGCGCGGAGGGCGAUAUGAGUCUGGUGGGGGGCUUCCCCCACCACCCGGUGGUGCACCAUGAGGGCUAUCCGUUCGCCGCCGCCGCCGCCGCCGCCGCUGCCGCCGCCGCCAGCCGCUGCAGCCACGAGGAGAACCCCUACUUCCAUGGCUGGCUCAUCGGCCACCCCGAGAUGUCGCCCCCCGACUAUAGCAUGGCCCUGUCCUACAGCCCCGAGUACGCCAGCGGCGCCGCCGGCCUGGACCACUCCCAUUACGGGGGGGUGCCGCCGGGCGCCGGGCCCCCGGGCCUAGGGGGGCCGCGCCCGGUGAAGCGCCGGGGCACUGCUAACCGCAAGGAGCGGCGCAGGACUCAGAGCAUCAACAGCGCCUUCGCCGAACUGCGCGAGUGUAUCCCCAACGUGCCGGCCGACACCAAACUCUCCAAGAUCAAGACGCUGCGCCUGGCCACCAGCUACAUCGCCUACCUCAUGGACCUGCUGGCCAAGGACGACCAGAAUGGCGAGGCGGAGGCCUUCAAGGCGGAGAUCAAGAAGACAGAUGUGAAAGAAGAGAAGAGGAAGAAGGAGCUGAACGAAAUCUUGAAAAGCACAGUGAGCAGCAACGACAAGAAAACCAAAGGCCGGACAGGCUGGCCGCAGCACGUCUGGGCCCUGGAGCUCAAGCAGUGAGGAGGAGGAGGAGGAGGAGAGCGCGAGUGAGCCGGGGCCCAGGAGCCGGAAGCAGACCCAGGACUCCGGGCAAGCUCUCCACGCUCCGCUCUGAGGACUUCUUGCAUUUGGAAUCAUCCGGUUUAUUUAUGUGCAAUUUGCCUCCCCUCUCUUUGCCCCCCUUUGAGGCAUCCGCUCCCCACCUCCCCCUCCAAAAAAAAAAGUGGAUAUUUGAAGAAAAGCAUUCCAUAUUUUAAUAUGAAGAGGACACUCCCGCGUGGUAAGGGAUCCCGUCGUCUCGUAGAUUCUCUGUGUGUGAAUGUUCCCUCAAGGCUGUGUAGACACCAGCGUUGCUCCCACCCCACUUACCCAACCCCUUCCAGAUAAAGACAGCAGACAAUAGUGUGUAUGUAAAGUGUAUCUUUAAUACUUGGCCUUUGGAUAUAAAUAUUCCUGGGGAUUAUAAAGUUUUAUUUCAAAGCAGAAAACGGGGCCGCUAACAUUUCAGUUGGGGUCGGUAUCUAGUGCUGUCUUUUCAUCUGUGGUCGUUCCCUAUUUGAAGAUGUUUCCAACAGCUACUUGUUUUGUGCACUUCCGUCCUCUAAAACUAAGUGGAAUUUAAUUAAUAUUGAAGGUGUAAACGUUGUAAGUAUUCAAUAAACCACUGUGUGUUUUUUUACAAAAACCCCAAUCUUUUAAUGGUUGAUACCUCAGAAGAGUUUUGAAAACAAAACUGUUAUACUUGUUUUCAUAAUAUUUAAAAUAUUCAGAAGUAAACUAAAUUAUCAUGAUUGCCUCUAACUUUAUUUGAAAGAGUUGGUAGUUCCGAUCAGUCAUCAAUGUGAGCUCCCGCCCUCCCAGGGAAGUGGCCUUGGUGAAAAUCCUACUAAAGGACCUGGGCUCCUUGCAAGUCCUGUCUCCUUCCCCCCACCCCCCAGCCCCCAGCCGCCUGGAGAAGGUUGAGUGGUCUGUAGUAGGAGGAUCUGGGGCCGAGGGACCUUGGCAGUUCGCUGGAAAGGUAGAAAGUUGUCCUUGUUUUCCUGAAAUCAACCAGAUGCCAUUCUGUGGGGACUUUGGUUUUUGUUUGGGGAGCACCUUUUA